GAUAACUCAGUGACAUAUAUAUACUGUGAGCUUGUAAGCAAUCGGUUCAGUGUGGAAUAUAGAUAAAUCAACUAGAAUCGCACCAGAACUAGCACGGUACAAUUUACCAUCACGAUGGCUUUUCGAUUGAUUCGCAAAAUUACAAAUGUCGCACCAAAAAGUGCAUCAAUUGUUGCAUCAACUUCGUCACGUAACUUUUCUUCAGAAGUGAAAAAAGUUACCCUGAUCCCCGGCGAUGGCAUCGGUCCUGAAAUUUCAGCCGCUGUGCAACAAAUUUUUCAGGCUGCGAAUGUUCCCAUCGAAUGGGAAUCCGUAGAUGUUACACCAGUCCGUCAUCCAGAUGGUAAAUUUGGCAUUCCCCAAGCCGCUGUUGAUUCUGUGAAUCGAAACAAGGUUGGGUUGAAAGGGCCACUUAUGACUCCCAUUGGAAAAGGUCACAGAUCAUUGAAUUUGCAAUUGCGAAAAGAAUUCAACUUGUAUGCUAACGUUCGGCCAUGCCGAUCGCUAGAAGGCUAUAAAACGCUUUAUGAUGACGUCGAUGUUGUAACUAUUCGAGAAAAUACUGAGGGUGAAUAUUCUGGUAUUGAACACGAAAUCGUCGAUGGAGUUGUCCAAAGUAUCAAACUGAUCACAGAAGAUGCAUCAAUGCGGGUGGCCGAUUAUGCUUUCCAGUAUGCCAAGGAUAAUAAUCGUUCAAAAGUAACGGCCGUACAUAAAGCAAAUAUUAUGCGUAUGUCAGAUGGUCUUUUUUUACGUUGUUGUCGUCGUGUCGCUGCUAAAUAUCCUGAAGUUAAAUUUGAAGAGAAAUAUUUGGACACAGUUUGCUUAAACAUGGUACAAGAUCCAAGCCAAUACGAUGUUUUGGUUAUGCCAAACUUGUAUGGUGAUAUUCUUUCGGACAUGUGUGCUGGUUUAGUGGGUGGUCUUGGACUAACACCUUCCGGAAACAUGGGUCUAAAUGGCGCAUUGUUCGAAUCGGUUCACGGAACAGCUCCAGAUAUUGCUGGUAAAGAUUUGGCUAAUCCAACUGCCCUUUUGCUGUCAGCCGUGAUGAUGUUACGACACAUGAAGUUCAAUUCUCACGCUGAUAAAAUUCAAGAGGCCUGUUUUGCUGUCAUCAAAGAAGGCAAAUAUCUAACCGGUGAUUUGGGUGGCAAGGCUAAAUGCUCUGAAUACACGAAGGAAAUCUGCUCACGAUUGUAAAUUAUAACAACAAAUGACAAGCAUAAAACUUAUUCGAGCUAUUUUCGGUUACCAAAACACUGACAAUAUUCUAUUUAGAUGCCGAAGAAUUACUUCAUAAGUUUCAUUGAAAUUUUUCUCUUGAUAGUAAUUCAAUUUUUGCGUUGACCAACAAAAUUCAUUACAAACAUUUAAUAAAAGAAAUGAAGCCAUUUAUUUUUUUUGACACUGAAAAUUAAUAGAAAAAAUGAAUCAAAUUUCUGGCUACUCUCUUCUAAAUUUACAGAUCACACCAAAACAUGUAAAAAAAGGCUUAAUAAAAUUAUUUAUUCUUCAUUUCACGGAAA